GUGAUACAUUUUAAACGUGUACAGUUCUAAUGAGCGCUGGUAACUAUGGUAACCAAUAGGUGGCGUACUGUUUUGACAUCCUACUUAGUAUAAUAGUGUACUCUGCUCAGGAGCACACACACACACACACACACACACACAGAGGCAGUUGCCAGCUUUAGGAGCUUGGAGCUUUUAUAUCUCCCCUCGUUUCACGGUCCACAGCAAACACACACACACACACACACACACACACACACAUGCAGGCGCGCUCUACACGCGAGAGUCAUCAGUGAGCUGCAGAACACUUUGCUCGUCCAUCAUCAUCAUCAUCAUCAUCUCACCUCAUCCAGAGCUUUAAUCUCGGAGAGAUACAGCGCGCGCUUACAGCAGGAUCGGACCUCCCGCAUUGGACCCCCGGUUCAGCAUGGAUACACACCCGGAGGAGAGGAAAGCAUCACCGGAGUACGGCUCUGUCCCCGCGCCCCGCUGGCCCUCUCUCUCCGCAGCCGCCGCCGCCGCCUUGUGUCUCGCGCUGUCGCUCGGUGCUCUGGCCACGUGCUGCUUCACGGUGAUUAAAACGCGCGAGAUGGAGAGCAGAGUGCUCGCGCUGGAGCGGGUGAGCGCCGGCCCGGUGACCGAGGAGCUGCGAGACUCCGUCCGAAGUCUGGUGCAAGAAACGCUGAGCGAGCUGAUGCCCAAACUACGCACGGCGAGAGACGUGAAUCACGAGUGCGUCUGUCCUCCAGGUCCUCCAGGAAAGCGUGGCAGGAUGGGAAGACGAGGAGAUCCUGGUGAGUUGCAAAUUCUACCAGAGAUUUCUGGGACUGUUGACCUCCAAUGGCUCGGUGCUCGGAUGUCCGAGUGCUUGGAUGCCAAGAUGCCCGGAUGCUUGGAUGCCCAGGUGCUCAGAUGCCCGGGUGCUCGGAUGCCCGGGUGCCUGGAUGCCCAGGUGCUCGGAUGCCCGGGUGCCCGGAUGCCCAGGUGCUCGGCUGCCCAGAUGCCCAGGUGCUUGGAUGCCCAGAUGCCCGGGUGCCUGGAUGCACUGCCAGCACACAGCAUGCACUCGGUUUUAACAAAAUUUGUACAGGGGAAACCCGGACGAGACGGCUACCCGGGGCCUCUCGGCUUGGACGGUAAACCUGGUCCUCCUGGACAAAAAGGAAGUCAGGGGCCAGCUGGACCAAAAGGCGAUAAGGGUGACCAAGGAGAGAUUGGACCACGGAUGGUCUUUCCUCGCUAUGAUCACGGCUUCAUCUCUGCCGACCAGCCCACUUUCCAGAGACGUAUGCUGAAGGGUGACCAAGGCCAGACCGGUCCACCAGGUCCUCCAGGCCCACCCGGACCCCCUGGGCCAAGAGGUCCUCCUGGAAACACGGGGAAGGACGGACCCCGGGGUCCCCCUGGAGAACAAGGUGCCCCUGGGAACAAUGGACAUCAGGGACUGAGAGGUUUACCAGGUGAUCCGGGUGAAGAUGGUCAACCAGGUUAUCCAGGACCCCAGGGACCCCCGGGGUCAAAGGGACAACGCGGUGAACCAGGAGCCAAAGGUGACCAAGGCAUGGAUGGUCUCCCUGGCCUUAAAGGAGACAAAGGAGAAGUUGGAGAAACUGGACCUCAGGGAGAAACGGGUCUUCCGGGUGAGAAAGGUGCGUCGGGCUCGAGUGACGUCAUCGCCUUCAACGACAAAAUACUAGAUGCUUUUAAGGCGAUCCACACCAUCAGUGUUUCGGGACCGGCGGGUCCUCCUGGACCUCCAGGACCACCUGGACCUCCGGGAAAGGACGGGACAAAGGGAGAACUGGGCUUACCUGGACUUGCCGGAGUAGAUGGAGAGAAGGGACCUAAAGGAGAUGAUGGAGAACCAGGAACUCCUGGAGACAGAGGAGAGAAGGGAGAGAUGGGACUCUCUGGUCCCGCUGGAAUGGAUGGACAGAAAGGAGAGAAAGGAGACAGCAGACUAGAAGACAACCUGGUUCAGAUGAUUUCUCAGCCGGGACCACCGGGACCUCCAGGACCAAGAGGACCUUCGGGAUUCAUGGGUCAUCCUGGUGUUCCUGGCCCGAAGGGCGAUCCAGGAGAGAGUGUUAAAGGAGAGAAGGGAAACAGCGGCGUUCCGGGAAUCCCGGGUGCUCAGGGCCCACAGGGACCCACAGGUCCGACGGGGUUGGUCGGCCUUCCGGGAUCCAAGGGGGAAAAAGGAAAACAAGGAGAGCCCGGAUUAGACGGCUUUCCAGGUCUUUCAGGAGAAAAAGGAGACACGGGGGCUAAAGGAGAAAAGGGUGACCGUGGCUCUGUAGGGAAGAGAGGGCUGAAGGGGCAGAAAGGAGAGCAGGGGCCGCCCGGAUUAGACCAGCCCUGUCCUGUGGGCUCUGCCGGAUGUAAAGGCCAGGCAGGGGAAAGCGGGCAGGCUGACGCCAGGGCUCCCUGCCGGCUGGGUCCAGAUGGACUUCCGAUACCUGGCUGUUGGCACAAGGACGACGGGACGAUGCAGAGAAUCAAGCGAAAGCGUCUGUCGCAGCCUUGACGGCUGGAAAAGAAUCGAUCCGUCAUACAGGAGCGUCUUCGUCGAUGAAAUGAAGCCUGGAGAAGUACCUUGGCUCUGUAGGGCACACGGGAAUGUGCGGUAGUGGCUCUGGCGACGGUCACUGUCGUCCGGCGAGGAUGUUUUGACACUAGCGCUUCACUAGCUGACGGAUGGGAAAGCCGAUUUUAGCUUCACAAGCGAACAGUUGGGUGUCGAGGGUGUCUGAUAUGGAAAUGAUAUCGAAGAGCUAACUGAUAUCUAACCUUGUGUACCAUAUCUUGAUUUGCUAUCAUUACUAGCGUAUGCUUUUUUUUUUUUUUUUUUAAAUAAAAAAAAAAUUGAUUUGAUUUUCUUCAGCAUCUGCGAGAACUGAACUGGUGUUGGGUCGCUCGGAUGGUUCGUUCUUUUGGUAGUUGAUGAUGUUUUGUAAUUAAGGAAGAUUAGCGUGUUACUGUAUUAUUAUUAUUAUUAUUAUUAUUAUUAUUAUUAUAUGUACACUACUACUAGAUUGUAUUAUAUUUUGUUAAACAUACCGUCAUAUUGAUUGAUCAUAUUGUUGGGAUUCUUCAUGUUACAAUGAUUUCAUUUAACAUCACAUUCAGUUUCUGUAUCUAUGUAUUAAUUUAUGGUAUAUUUUGGUAUGUGGUAUAUUAUGCUAUCAUUGCUAAGGAUGCAUCGAUAUGAUUUCAUUCAUUUCUUUCUUACUCAAUGCGAAUAACGAUGCCAAAACGAGUCGUCUACUUUCCAUUAAGCAAACAAGGCCGUGACAUUAUAUCGUCUAGCUCUGUUCCCUGGUUUAAAAUGCUAGGCUCGUGAGAUUAUUUUAAACGAAGCGCAUUAGCCGGCUACGCGAGUGACUUUGGAUCGAUCCGGGAAAAGCAUUUCUGUACAGUCGUGAUUAAAUGACCUUUCGAAAACGCCGACGCCGAUCGUCAGGAACAACGUACCGGGUAAAGAUUUGUUAUUUUUCACUCGCCUAGCUUCGUCUGUAGACGUUUUUGUUUUCUCACCUUGCUGUUGAAUUUGAUGUUUUGUAUCGUAGGAAGACGCUGUGGUGCGUCCUUUUGAUGUUUUCGCAGUGGAUUCAGAUCGCGGACGUUUCACGUCGUCGGUUCGUCGGCUAGGAAUUCGGAGGCUGUGAUUACGACGUGCCGCGUGUUUAAGUGGAUUUGGUCUGAAAAAAUGCACAACAAAAAAAAAAUUGUUUUUUUUAUUUAUUUAUAUCAUCAAAGAACGACUAAGUUUAUUUUGCCUUACGGAAAGAAAAUACCGGACUGCUAACGUGCAUAAUCGUUACUUAAAUCUUAACGUCCGCUACAGACGUCACUUUCAUAUCGCCACAACUUGAAGUUAUCGAUUCGUAAAGUCGGGACUCGUAGAACGGAGUUCCCGAGUUUUAAUCACGAUGUCGUCGCGCCGUUCGCGUCGUAAUUACGAUUUUUCCGACGGCACUCGUACGAUCACUUGGUCACGAGUUGUGGAAAUUUAGGGAUGUUCUAGAUGUAGACGUUUUAGCAUGAAUCGAAGCCUUGUAUUUACAGAAAUAUUUACGUUUAUUCGCUACACGAAGUUAAGAAGAACGUAAUCCAAGCGCCGAUUUGAGUACUCGACUUAAUAAACGGUCGAUUAUUAACUAACAUUCUCACUUUUCACUCCGUAUGAAACAAAUCCUGCCUCUUUCCUCGGAUUUAAAACAAAGACAUUGUGCUUUUCUGCCAGUUUACUGAUUUUUAUAUUGACAUUAAUAUUUCUUUACACACACACACACACGUUUGUAUUAUAGAUGUUCUAGACAUUUAGCGCUAUAGAUAAGAAAGAGAUUUGACCCCAUUUCUCACACACACACACACACUUCACAGUUGCUGCGUUAAAUGAAUGUAUACGAAACCAUUUCAUUAGUUAGGAAUAACUCACAAGCCAUUACGAAGCAGUCUGUUAAACCCCACUUACUGUGAAUUCUUGCGUGUGUUUAUUUUGAUUUCCCCCCCCCCGCCUUGUCUUUAAGAACUGACCUUAUUUUGUAAUGGUAUUACUUCUGAAAGUGUUUCUAUUUGAUUUGAUGGGUUUUUGAUUUGCGAGAACGAAAGGGGGAAGCGUUCUCAGCGGCAGAGUUUAACUCCUCAUGAUUGGUGUUUUAUCAAAUGAAUAUAAAAGGUUGUUUAAAAUAUAUAUCCCUAGCCGUGUUGACUGGCCUUUACAGAAUGACGGUUUAUAGACGGAAGGUUUCGUACAGGAAUCACCCCCCUCCCCCCUGUAUAUUCAGUCAGGUUAACUCGGUUUGUUUGUGUGGUCAGUUAUUGUACUCUUAACCCAGAGAUGCGGUCAUGACAAUGUUCAUAUAAAAUCUUCAUAUAUUUCCAAAUAAACUAUUUUCACUUACCCGGA